AUGCCGCUGUAUGGCUCGUCCAGUCGCUCUAAGAAACCCAAGAGGAAUGGUUCCAGUAAAUCAUCCUCGGGUUCCAUCUUCUCAGCUGCCUCUCGUUCCUCAAAGGCGUCAAGGGCGUCUGUCGACCAACCGCAGGUAGCAUCUCAGAAUCCAUCUUUCGCCUCAAAGAGCAGCGUACCAAGCAUGGCGAACAUUCCCCGCACGCAAACUUCUGCCAAGUCUGUCGAACCUGAGCGGACCGUUCCAAACGUUUUCGAGUAUCUUGACGAAGAUGAAUCCACCUCAGAAGAAGACGACUCCUCCGAGGACAUCAGAUCAUGUCGAGUCUCUCUUCCUUCGUCGACUAGCAGACAAGCGAAGACGGCCUAUGUAGGGCUAGGACAUAAGAAUAAACUGUCUGCAUUUGGCACAGAUACAGGCAGUCGGAUAUCGUCUACAAUGUCCAAGGAUUCUGCGAAUUCCCAACCCCUGCCGACAGCGUUUGAUAUCGCGUCUGGUAUACCAUCACUACACAAGGCCAGAAAGAGCCAUUCUCAGAAAAAGCAAUCUCAUGAUAUGCCCGCCGGUACUUUCACAAGCCCCAGUUCUCCUGAGAAACAGAGCCUCGAGCUCAGUCCUCGACCAGACGCCUUCUACUCGCGCCAUUCGGCCAGCCAACACCGGCCGCCUCUACCACCAUCGCCGCCACGGAGUCCCGAGGAAGACAUUGAAGAAUCCAAUCACAAGCGCAGCCGUAGCACGAAGACAUCAUCGCCCCCCUCGGGCUAUGGCCUUCUCGCUUGGCGUCUGAGUUCAACUGCCGACAACCAGGAGCCUCCCCUUCCGCCGCUCUAUCGCCGGUUCGAAGAUUUAAAUCAUCGAGUGCUCUUGCAUUUGCAGGAUGAACUUGCACAGAUGGAGGAAGACCUUCGUGUUCUGGAUGAGUACGACCAAAUGCACCGGGCGGCCGCAGCCGAACAGCAGGGUACCACGAUUGUCCCAGCUUCGCGACGCAUGGACGUCCAGGCGCAAGUAUACUCUUCCUUUCACUAUCGCAAGGAAGAGCUCCUGGGUGCAUUGGCCCAUAAGACCGAACAAUAUAACAACGCGCUCAGCGCAUACAGUCGAGUCCUGCAAGCUCUUCCCGCUGCCUCAAACAAGGAUAUCGACACCUACCGCACCUGGAUGAGCGAGAAUAACACCAUUGUUGCUGCGGAGACGCGAUUUCUCGACCAUAAUAAAGACCUUAUCUCUCUCACCCCUCGCUUGAUCUCAUCUUCUUCACCCGCCCGAGCGGUCUAUGCUGCAAUCAUCAUUGCCUCUGCAGCCAUCAUCCUUCCAUUGCUCGCGUUCAGCAUGAUUGCUGAGUACGCUGGUCGCCUUCUGGUGGUUGCUGUUGUAGGCGGUGCCGCCGCCGCCGUUGCGUCGACUCAGUCCACGGGAGCCGACCAGCUCGUGGGCUCCCAGGAUGGCUGGCGAUGCGCUUCAUUAUACUUUGGCUUCAUGGCCACAGCGGCUCUAUGUAUCCCUUAG